UUGUUGCCUGGAGUUGAUUCAUAUCAAUGCAGAAAAAGUUGCUCAAUGCAGUAUCUCUGCGAACUUCAGCUCUGUAGACAUUGGCAUUGUAUCUGAUGGACUGAAUUCAGCUAAAAUUGGGGCUGAAAGUACGUGUGAUUUCGGCAGCUUUGGUUUUGAAUGUCUACCGGAUAUUGGCACUGGUAGUUUAGUCACUGGUUCUGCAGAACCGUGGAUAGUAGGUUCGAUAAUGAGCUGCAGGAGCAUGAAAAAUAUAUUGGGAAGUCCAUUGUUUCAGAAGUUGGGUGCAUUCCAUGUCAAUCCAAGUUUGAAUGAUGCUAAAGGACUAAUAAGUUAUGACUUCAUGAGCUCUCCGGGUGGUUUCAGUAAUAAAACCUCGUACGACCUACGAAGUGAGACGCCAAUAUCGGAUAAUCAUAAGUAUGGAUCUGAGACUGUUUGUAAAAGGCUUGUUUCCAUGUCAAGUACAGACUCAACAUGCUCGGAUCAGUCGUUUUCUUCUCCUUGUACAACAAUUUCUGAGGGAGUGCUUCAAUGCAUGUGGAAUGGUGGGACUCCAUACUUUGUUUUCUCCCUAGAUAACCAGAGGGAGGUGUAUUUAGCAAAUUUGUCAAAAGAAGGAGCUGCUCGAAAUAAGGGUUUGGACAAUGUGUACUUGUUCCAUUCGAGCAAGAGUAGCCAUAAGGAACAUCGGAUUAGUGAUAACGAAUCACACCUUGUUGGUAAGAUGACGAUGUCUACUUCUUUCUCAAUCUGUUCCCAAGAUUCUAAAAUCAUGGAGACAGAGUUUGUUUUGUUCAGUGGCAUGCAAACAUCAAGGGAUAAUCACUGGACAAAUAAGGGUCUAUCGAAAAAGGUAGUGGAAGCAUUCAAGGGUAGUCAUUCAUUGAAGCAAAUAACGGUGUCAAGAUUUCAUCGAUCGAGUUCCAUGAUGGAAGAUUCUUCUUUGGGUCCUUGCAGAGAUGCAGUUGGCAAAUCGGAUGCUAUAGACCAGACAAAACUUUUCAAUGAGCAACUUCCAACAAAUCUUGAGCUGACAGCCGUUGUUGUGAGGGAUCAUUUACCUGAGGAUUCUCAGGCGGAAGCAGGAGGUUGGGGCCUAAAGUUUCUCAGGAAACCGGUGGAUAUGCCCAACACCAAAAGUUCGGAAACCCUGGCUCGUUCAGUUUUUUCUUGUAGUACCAGUGAUUGCUCAAGAAGUAUGAAUGUUCUAAUUCCAGCAGGUAUUCAUGGUGGUCCAAGAACCAGAAAUGGUGGCCCCUCUAGUCUUAUUGAAAGAUGGAGAUAUGGUGGACAUUGUGACUGUGGUGGCUGGGACUUAGGGUGUCCGCUGACCGUACUCGAAUCCAGGUCAAGUAAAGGCGGUUCACCUCCAACAGAUAUGCCCAACACUUGCAAGUUAUUCGAUUUUUCCAUUCAGGGUCCCGAACAUGGUUCUCCUACCUUGACGAUAUCGAAAGUUCACGACAGCCUGUAUUUCAUUCAUUUUCAAUCAACGCUCUCAGCUCUGCAGUCCUUCUCGGUUGCAGUGGCCUACAUUCAUACUCAGAGACCCACUCUUCGACCCAAAAGUGUACAGCAGCGUGUACGUUAAACUUUAGGUGUUAUACAUGAAUUGGAUAGAUUAUUUUUCUGCAGU